AUGGCCGACUACGCUUCUUCUUUGCCAACCGCUGGCCUCUCCCCUCCUCCCUUUUCUGAAGGCUCGGAGUACGAGAACGUCCAUCAGCAAAGCCAACAAACCUCACCCGACCAAGCGCCUGCCCUUGUGGAUAACAUCAACCUCGACCCCACGUUUACAGCUACAGAAUUAGACAGUAUGCGGAGAUCGGCUCGUAACACGAAUAAACCCAAGACAGUCAUCGUGACUUCCCCUUCAAGGCCCACCAAGCGGAAGAUCACAACCAGGGUGAUGAAGAAGACGCCCAAGUGGACGACUCAGAAGCUCCUGACGGACCCUAAGUCGCCGCUCGCCAACGCUGAUUUGAGGACCAUCCUCUGCCAGCCAGCCGCCUGGGACAUCCUCUCCAAAGAAGAGCGCGCCGAGAUCAUUGCCCUCUUUCCUCCUGGCACGCGCAUCCUUGAUCCGGACACCGAAAACGCCCGCCUUGAUCUCGACUCUCUUCGCAACGACAACAACUUCCGCCAUGACUGUGCCACGUACACUGACAACAUCGCCAUGGGCAAGCACGACCCGGAAUGGCUCGAGCAGGCAUUUGCAGCGCGCGAGAGACGGCGCGCUGGGGAUUUUGACAGCUACCUGAAGCAGAAGUUCGAGGAUGAGUGGUCGUGCGAGCUACCUGAGGGAUUUGGGCUCAAUCGAGAUGGGAAUGGACCCACGAAUGGAGUCACGGCUGCCGAGGAGCAGCGAAAGGAGGAGGGGGAGACCCAGAUGGAGGCGAAGGUGAAGAACGCUGAAGGAACCGAAUACGCUGAAGUCACCCAGGAGCAGCCGAAUAAGGAUACCCGGAUGAUUGAUGAAGGCGAUUCCGAGGAGGUUGUGGACGUCAAGCUCGGGUCCCCUGCAUCUCAGACACAUGAGAUCCAGCUUGGAUCCCCUAUUCCUGAGGAAUCGGGUGUGAAGCUUGGAUCCCCUAUCCCUGAGCCAUGA